AUGCCACCAAAACCGCGAGGACAAGGAAAAAAAAAGGCUGGGAAGGAGGCGAGUGAUUGCGUGCCGGGACAGGUUAAAGACGCCCUAUUGCUGGGCAACACCAGAGACUCUGCGGGUCCCUCGUUAGAUGAUAGUAUCGACGAGGUUACAAAGCGUAACAAGAUUGCGGAUAAAGCCAUCAUCGGAUCCGCUCGUUUCGACCUAAUCGAAUAUUAUAACCACCUUGAGUUUGGUAAAUGGAACAAUCGACCUUUGGUUGAUUCACAAGUGCAGUCCCUAUAUCAGUCGUUUCUUGCAAAUGGGGCUGACCGCUUCAAUCCCGUCCAUGCGAUUCCUCUUGUUGUUCACAAGGAAUGGCUUGUGGAAGGGAGCUAUGAAAAAGAUCUUGAUAAGUGCGGGGAGCUCUCCGAGCUCCCGAUCUUGAAAAUAUCUGGGAACGCACCAAAAGAAUGGAAGUUCAAGGCAGCAGGGGGACAUCAUCGGACAAAAGCUAUUGAAGCUUGGAUGAACAAGAUGAGGACCGAAUAUGAGAUGGUGUUGGCAGAAGAGACACGCGUUGCCGACCUACCUGCGGGUGAGAUCGACCAGGAUCAGAUCGACUACAUCGACAAGGUUGUGAAACCGCGUCGGCAGAAACUCGAGGGUGUUCUUGCGUAUGGCGGUCAAUGGAUCGUCACUAUUUUCGAUCAAGGUCAGGUCAGCGAAAUUAUUGGUCUUCAUAUAUCGCGGAACGAAACGAAGCAUGUGUAUAUGCAAUCGCCAGAAGAGGGCCUCAUCCAGAAGUACAAGAUGUUGUGUGCAAAAAACAAAAACUGGUCCAAUAUCGAACAUACCGCGGCUGGGGGCGACUACGUGUUCAACCAUCUGGAGACGAUCGUAUCGUCAGGCACUCACUACAUCCAUACGCCCGAGAUGCAGUUUACUCGAUUUUAUGAUACAAUGUUCUCGAGUUAUGGAGGGAUUGUUGCUGAUGUCACGAUGCGACUGGAAAACCGCCUUCGCUGGUGCUUCAAUACGAUCCCGUACAACUCCGAUAAGGGCGAGAAUGGCGACACCGAGAUGUAUCAACAGCUUAAGCGGGCACAUCCAAAACACCUUGGGGGCAACACUCCCGCAUCCUACCGAUUCGGCAACACAGAUGAAGAUGUGUGGUCAAAAGCCUAUAUGCUGUACAAGUUCGAUGUCAUCUCCGCCAUGAAAGACUAUGUCCAAGACAAGCGGGCGACGAAGGACCUGCCUGGCGAUGUUCGGACAGCACUGGAAGGCUGUGCAGCUAAGGCAGCCCUUGUGCUUGGCCGAAGUGAUGAUGUACACGACUUCGGCCAUUUUCCGCUGAUGUCUCGCUCUGUCGUUACCACCCUCAUCCGGAAUUUACGCAUGAUUGAGAGGUCUAUUUCCGAGGUUUCUGCUUGGUUCUCACCAUUUCUAUAUAUGGCAAAGGCCCACGGGAAAGACUGGAACCCUGGGUCGGCCUCUGCUGAAAUGAUUCGGGCGAUCAUGGCCCAUCCUGACUAUGAUCCUGAACAGCGCGGGGGCGCUGUUGCUGAGAUUGUAUCCUCGAUAUUUGAGAUGUUCCCUGAGUUCCUCAAUAUGGAAGGGCAGAUAGCAAACAUCAACAUGCCCCGUCGAGUCACACAGCAGCGAGAGCUGCAGUCGGCAUUUGGGAUUGCGGAUGGUGGAAAGAGUUCUAGAAGAAGUGGUACUAAUGCGGCAAAGGGCAAGAAGAAAGGGAAGAAAGGCAGCGAUGAAGAUGAUGAUAAGGAUGACAGUGACCCGUCAUCGAGUGAUAAAGAGACUGACGACGAUCAGGAGCAUGACAAUGAUGAGGAUGGUGAAGAGGCUGAGGAAGGGACCGACUUGCGCACCUCGCGGUUACUCCGGAAGGAGCGCCUUCAAAAGGAUGCGGCACGCAUAGAUAGCCUUCGUGUGGAGGUGCUCGACGCACAAAAGCUUUUCAAUGGUGCAACGAAGCUGACAUCCGUAAAGCGCAAUAACUUGUACGAACCAUGGUCUCGACAGUCAAGCAUCUCGACGGGUGUUGGCGACAACGUAUUCAGGGGACAGAACUUAGUCCCUUUCCACACAUAUGAGUGGUCUGCUGCAACAGGUGGAACACGAGCACGCCGCUUGCGUAUUCUUGCCUGCAUUGCAAUCAUGGAGCAGACAAUUAUCAAUGCGUACCGGAUUGGCUUGUUGGAUGACAGUAGCGGAGGUGCAGCUGCCAUUCGUCUCGCGAUCGAGGACAACACCGAAAAUUAUCGAGUUGCCCGUCCGAUCUCGAGGAAGAAGCAGAAGCAGAAAGGCGGGGGACUUGAAGGCAUCGAAAAAGUCGCGCAGCUAGCGCCAGAGCACGUGAACCUGACGUGGCCUGACCAAAUUGAUGUUGCAGCAGUAUCGCAGGUUGACUUUAAAUUAGAGGUCGAGCUUGGGUCACAAAAGCGCGAUUUUCUACUGGUCCAUCAGACUCGUCAAGCACAAAACAUCAUCGAUCUCGUACAGCGCAGCCGCAUUGCCUGGGAGGAUAUUACAGGCGGAGCGCUAGAGGCGCUCAUCAAGGAGCUGAGUAUUAAUGCCCACCAUCAGCGCCAGUCUUUGAAGGGCAAGAAGGUCCCUUUUAAUGGCAGCAUCUCACCAAGCGACCAUCUCCAUGUCCUAUACAGAGCAGUAGAGAACGAGACAACCGUCUCCCGCAUUAUGAAAAACAAGAAGUUUUUGGUGCCGUCGCAAGGGGACGAGCUCGCGCUGCUGGAGGCUGAGGCAAGAACCCGCCAGAGACAUCGAGAGCGUGCUAGGGAGCAUGAUAAGAAGGAAGAACUGUUGGAUGCGAGGAAAGGUCCAGAUAGCAAUAGUGCCGGGAGCGCGCCUGUCCAGUCUGACAUAGAGAAUCAAGCAGGUACUCAGGCACAUUGUUUGCCGGCUCCAAUGCAAUGUCCAGCAGCAAUGACAACUGCUGUGGGUCUCUGCGUCCAUCCAGCGCACCCCCACCCCCCCCUUACCCAUCCGUCCGUCCAACAUGAUGCUUGUAUGGAUGCAGUGGGUAUGGGCCCCACCUUGGACGUUGACCCCACCUUGGACGUUGACCCCACCUUGGACGUUGACCCCACUUUGGACGCCGACCCCACUUUGGAUGUCGGCCUCACUCCGGAUAGCGACCCCACUCCUAGUUCUCCUAUCAUCAAUGUCAACCCCGCCCCACCGCACCCCACUCAAGCAUCUACCACACAUGUCCCUGCGAGGAGUGACAGUGCCAUUGGCGAAAGUGAGGACAACUCGUUGACUAUUGAAGGCGGUGACAUAGGAUCGGCUGCUAAGUCAGAUGAUGAAGUGGGGAGUAACCUCGCGUCCAAUUGUGCCUUUCACAAGGAGCAAGGCAAACCAACUCCGCGGCCUCGUCCUAUUUACCGCGGAGGAGAGGUUGCUGGCAGAAGGACUGAAGGUCAUCGAUUAACUAAGGACGUGGCUCCCACCUUAAAGAAGCGCCAAGCCUCCCACUCAGUAUCCUCAACUGACUCUUAUGGUGGACAUGCUGCUAAUGGGAAACCUGACAGAAAGCGCAGGCAGCUUGGCGAAGGGAAUGCCGGUUUACCUGGCAAUACACGCUCCCAGUUUCAAGAGGAUGAUGACACAAUAUUCUCCCAAUUGGCGUAA